AUGAACGUGGAAUUGUAUGUGAAGGAACUUGACGACGCGAUGGAGACGAUCAGAAAGUCAAUGAGCGAUAUUGCAAAGAAUCUGACAGCAGCUGAGGCUGGAAUUAUCAAGGUCAGAGAUAUUUGUGCAAAAGCCGAAGGAAAAAAAGGCGCCGAUCUGGAAAAUGUGUUCGAUGAGUUCAGAAACAGCAAAGACAAGAACGAGACCAACGAUCUAUUGAAGAAAGUCUCUGUGCGACCGUGAGAAAAAUCCAAACCUAGUGCCAAAAAUCAAGGACAGUGCUCAGAAAGUGAGCGACAAGAUGAGUGUUUUAUUAUCAUAUCAGAAAGCAUUGACGCGUUUCGGGACUCUGUUCAGUUGUUUGCAAGGUGUGAAGGAGUGAAGGAGGUGGAGCGAUCAGAUCGUGGAAAGUGACUCGACAGUCCUGGCCGACUACAAGUAUCUCUUUUCAAAUGCUGCGACGGUCGCCGGAAUACCUUCAGCGGAUGUGAAGGCGAUGAGUGCGGCGGUGGCCAAUCUGAAGGAUCUGAUGACCGAUCCGACUGCGAGGGACGAGCUGACCAAGAUGGAGAAGUGGCUGGACAAUCUCGGUCUCAUCGGAGUUGACUUCUCCAAUUUCACAGCCAGUUUCGCCUCGGCCCCCAACGCGUUCUUCGCCGCAUUUGCCGAGCUGAUGGCUCCGCCGGUCGUCGUGCACACAGGCCCGCCUUCACAGCCACAGCAACAAUAUCGAUUCCGAAUACCACCGAGACGGCCAAGUGAGUUUUUGAGAAACAUUUCUGGAAUUUAUAAUUUUAUGGUUUCAGAAGUUCUUCGCUGGAAUGGUUUGCCGGAAGUCUCGGAGGUAAUGUGGUCAUCGGCAUCAUCAUUUCGUGUGUGUGGUAAUGCGACGGAAGAAAGGUUCCGGUUCCGCCACAAAAAGACGUCUUGGAAAAUGAGCUCGAGAAAGUGUCAUCACUUGCCGUGACGCAAAAAAGUCAGAGUAAGUUACCCGACUCAACAGUUCGCAGCAUUCGGUCGCUUUUUUUCAGGACCGAAGGAAAACAUAAUUAGUUUCAUGCAAGGCCUUUACGACAGCAUCAUAUACUUCAAGGAAGCGAUGAAACUGUUGACUACGAAGCUUCCGGAGUCGGGACGGACUCAUCGGUUUCUACAUCUCACUCACUUUUCUUUGUUCGCCAUUUUUUUAAUGAAGCUUCAGUUGUUCUGAUUCUUGCUCGCGAACGGCACCAAGUUUGAGUUUAGCAAUACAUUUUCGACGGGUUGGAUUCAUUGUUACACGUGAUCAUUUUUUUUGUCGCUUUUGGGACACGUUUCGGAGCGUAGAGUACGCCGGAUUAGCAUCUGUUGUUGUUUUGUAAAUCCACGCACCCAUGAUUACUGUUUUAUAUAUUUUAUGCAAUAAUUAGUUAUUUUCAAACGGCGGUCCGCAAAGGAAGUCCCCGCCUAUGACGUGCCAUUCGUGUCGAGACCCGCCGCGACGUGACCGUCGCUGUGCGGCCUGCCAUACGUUAUUUCAGACGGUGGCACACCAUUUGCCCGUCUUCACUUCUAUUUCUUGCAAAUUUGUUUGCUAGUUUAAGAGGAUAUUUCAGCUCUCGGCCUUCCCUCAACAUUAGAGUUGAGCGGAAGAACACGGAAGAAUUUUUUCAUCUUUUUUAGAAAAUUUUUUCAUGUAAUGUGAUCAACUGACGAAAUGUAUAGCAAAGUGAACUCUGCGCCACGGCGCGGCUUUCUCAACAUACGCAGCCAAAUGGUAUGCAUUUUUGCGCGUCGGUGUGGCUCUGUGUCCAGUGCAUUUUAUGUUACGCGCAAAGUUCAUUUUUUUAGUUUUUAAUAAAUUUUCUCCAAAUAUUCAUAUUUUUAAAGCGUUUUUCUCUGCUUUCUACCUCAAUUAGACCUUUUUUCAGAUUCCAGGUGAAGUAAUACGCGAAGAGAAGUCGAUGCGAUGAAAAGAAACGCGUAAGGAAAUGGAAGUAAUGUUUUAUUCAGAAAAUAUACGAUUUCUCGAAAAACGUCUCUAGAUCUUCUAAUCUUUUGAUUUAAAAAGUUCACUAACAUGACUGUGAAUGUUUUCGAAUUUAAAAAAAGUAGAGUGACAGCUCGCUUUCGCGUAAAAAUUUGUCUUUUGCCGGAAAACAGUGACAUUUCGCUGAAAAAAAAAUUUUUCUCAAAAAUUGUCUCUAGAUUUUCUAAUUUUUUUGUUUAAAUAGUUCACUUACAUGACUGUCAAUGUUUUCGAACCGAAAAAAAGUAAAGUGACAGUUCGUAGAAGCAAAAAAAUAUUUUUUUCAACGACAUUUCACUGUCUUCCGGCAAACUAUCGGUUUUUCCGCGAAAGAGAGCUGUCACUCUACUUCUUUAUGGUUCGAAAACAUUCUCUGAAAUGUAAGUAAUGUUUUUUAACCGAGAGAUUAGAAAAUCUAGUCACGUUUUUCGAGAAAUCGUGCAUUUUCUGAAUAAAACCUUACUUUCACUUACUUACGCGUUUCUUUUCAUCGCAUCGACUUCUCUUCGCGUAUUACUUCACCUGGAAUCUGUAAAAACGUCUGAUUGAGGUAGAAAGUGGAGAAAAACGCUUUAAAGAGAUGAAUAUUUGGAGAAAAUUCAUCAACAACUAAAAAAAAUGAACUUUGCGCGUAACAUAAAAUGCACUGUACGCAGAGCAACACCGGCGUGCAAAAAUGCACAGACUGCGGAUCAAACGUUUGGUGAACGUCGCAAAAGCCGCGCCGUGCUGCUCAUAGAAAAAUAAUUGUAAAUUUAAUUUUUCAUACAAAAAAGUUAUUCCUUAGCCCCCUUUUUCACGGGAACAACUCGAAUAACUUUUUUUUAUGAAAAGUUAAAUUUACAAUUAUUUUUCUAUGAGCAGAGUUUACUUUGCUACACAUUUCGUCAGUUGAUCACAUUCCAUGAAAAAAUUUUCUAAAAACGAUAAAAAAAAUUCUUCCGUGUUCUUCCGCUCAACUCUGCUCAACAUAUAUGUUUUCAGUUCACGCUCCAAUUCUUCCGCACUGUCACUCGCCUACUACUCGAUGAGCAGUGUGCCUUACCGAAAGGGUUUCGGUAAAUUUACCGGUAAAUUUACCGGUAAAAAUUUCGGUAAAUUGUCGGUAAAUUUUCGGUAAAACUUUUUUUUACCGAAAGAGUUUCGGUAAAUUUUCGAAACAAUUUACCGAAAAUUUACCGAAAAUUUACCGAUAAAUUUACCGGUAAAUUUACCGAAACUAUUUCGGUAAAAGUUUCGGUAAAUUUUAUCGGUAAAAAAAUUUCGGUAAAUUUUAUCGGUAAAUGGGUACUUUUUCGAAACAAUUUUUCAAUUUUUGAGAACGGAACAUUGAGGCGACUGUUCAGCGUGUUCCUGAUGUUUGGGAUGUUGUUCAGAAUGUUCUAAAUUAGUCACAUCAGUCACUUCCCUUGUCAAAAAGAACGCCGGUGCCGCGCCUUUUUCGGUAUCGACGGCACCGCUCGGCGCCUCAAUUUUUUUCUGUUUUCUUUUUAACGAUCAGUUUAUUUUUCGAAUGAGGAACUUUGGGGACACAUUAAAUGCGAAACUCGUUGCAUAGCAUUAUAAAAAAAUUUAAAAUUAAAAAUUUAAAAAUUAAAAAAAUUAAAAAAAGAAACAAAAAAAUUAUUAAAAAAAUUAAAAAAAUUAAAAAAAUUAUUGAAAAAAAUUAUUGAAAAAAAUUAUUUAAAAAUUGAAAACAAAAAAACAUGUUUUAACAUUUUUUUCUCCGCUCUCAAAAUUGUUCUUUCGGUAAUUGUCGAAAGGAACGAUUUACCGGUAAAUUUACCGGUAAAUUUACCGAAACUCUUUCGGUAAAAACGUUUUUACCGAAAAUUUACCGAAACUCUUUCGGUAAAAACAGUUUUUACCGAAACUCUUUCGGUAAAUUUUCGAAACAAUUUACCGAAAAUUUACCGAAAAUUUACCGAAAUUCACUUCUUUCGGUAAAAAAAAUUUCGGUAAGGCACACUGUCGAUGAGCACGUUCGACAUCUCGCUGAGAUCUAGCUGAGAAGCUCAUCUACCUUCCAGGAUUUGUCGUUUUGGCGCUCACAAGCAUCUUCCCCCGAUAACUCUCUGCAGCGCUCUCGAUUUUGCGAGAUUCCGUGUCUUUUGGCGGGUGAGUGGUUUUGGAAAACGCACCACGGUCUCCAGAGCUGACAAUGGGCGCAAGUGCGCCCCGCCAAAUAGAGCGAUACAUUGGCGCGAAAUUCAAAUUUUAACAGCAAAAUUUGUGUUUUUUGCCAGAUUAGCCACGAAAAAUCGAUAAUUUCCGAUUUGUCUCUCGAUAGACCGAUUGUAUAGACUUUUACGAAUUUUUUAAGCGCAAGAGCGUUAAAUUUGGUCAAAUCGCACAUCACAUUUAUCUGUUUGAAGGUUUUUGGCUAAAACUGCGUGAAUUUCAGUUACUUUUCGGUAGUUUUCGCGGUUCGAGCGCUCAAAAUGCUUGUAUUUACGUGAUUUAUCAUUCUCAAAACCAAUUCUGUCUGAAAACGGUCUAGAAAGCGCAAAAUGAGUCAAGGUUUUUAGGCGGCGAAGGCGAAAAAGCAAAGUCCGCGAAAAAUGCGCCAAAACGUCAUUAAUUCUGUGAGAAUUAGUGUGCUUUCAUGUCGAACAAUCAUUUUUCAUCGCCGUUGACCACAAAAAUCAGAGAAAACCUGCUCAAUUCAUGAAAACGCCAUUUGGCCGCCGAGGCCACGCCCAUAUUGUGUCAGCUGUGGAGACCGUGGCGCGUAAAUCACUAUUUUUGACAUUAAUGCUCGAGUGUUGCUUUUAUCCCCUUUAUCAUCACUUUUUGUAAACCUGUGAUACCUCAACGUCUCUCACUUUCUCUCUCUCAUUUCAAGAACGUCUCUCCCAUGUUUUUAGAGCAUUUUUUCGCCGCCUAAAAAUCUGAAAAAUGUAUUGAAUGUGUUCGGUCCAAGAGCUCUGUAAAUCUUUGGCCUUUCGUCACAGAUAUUGUCGGUUUGCGGGUGCAAAUAUUUGUUCUCUUCUCUCUCUCUCCCGCUUUCCCGUUUUGCCACCGCCCAUCCUCGUUGGUUCUAAGAAUAAGCUGCGUGGUUGUAACUGAUAUCAUCCGAUUAUUCAAUAUUGUCCGACAACCGUUUUGUCCCGCUCCCCCCACUUCCUAGUUGCCGAUGCACCAUGUGACGACGAAUCGUCAUUCUUGAAUGGUUUCCGGCGUUGGCACAUGUUUCAAUAAGACGCUAAUGUUAAUCCCUUUCACUUUUUUUUUUCUUGAUCACAGACUUUGAUUGUGAUUUUCCGGUUACUUUUUGAAACGUUUUGUGCAAAAAUGUCAUGAGAGGGGUUGUUGAGAAGAGGUAAACGACGAAAAAGAUCUGAUGUGGAAAAAGGAGCGGCGGCAGCUUUUGCUCUUCUUAGCACCUCUCCAUCUUCUCCGUUCUCUCUCUCUCUCUCCUCAUUUCGUUUCGUUUUGUCCCCCCGUAAUUCAAUUUGCACUCAUCCUAAACGUGAAACCUGAAAAUCUGAAACUCUUCUGACUCUUUCUCUCUAACCUGCUCGUCUUUCAAUGUUCCGAGAUGUGAAACUUGGAAAAAUACUCAAAAAUGAACUAAAAAAACUGUAGUGGUCUGCCGGCGCGUUCGAUCCCCAUCGAUUUUUGCACAUUUGCCACCCAGAUGACGUGUAGUCGUUGGCUAUAAAAAUGACAAAAAAAAAGAAGAACGGCGGGGGGAAAAGCGGCGUCGCCCAAUUUCCAUCUGUUUUCAAUUAUUCCGCGCCCGCCGUUCUUCUCUCUCUCUCUCUCUCUCUCUCUUUCACUCCGCACCGUUCAUUUUUCUCUCAUCACUAAUUUUUGCAGAUUUUUUGUGGCCUCGAACCGCUUCAAACCGACCGAUCGAAUCUUCGCGCGAAAAUGUUCAAUUCGAGGCGUGUUGUGCAAGGUAGGCCGAGAUUUUCCGCUAAUCCGCUUUCGCUUCACCGACAUAUCCCCCCCCCCCCUAGACACAAAUUUUUUUUUCAAUAAUAUUCACGCGCAGAACACAUUUUCUCGAGUUUAUCGAGUUCAAAACUCGCUUUUUACGCGUUAAAACUGUUCUUUUUGAUAAAACCGUGUAUUCCCCGACAAAAAUAAAGCUCAAAAUCGUGUUCGCCGCGCCUGAAAACAGCCUAAAAACUACUUGUGUCCGGAUGGCUCAGUGGUCCCUUUGAAUGUUAUUUUAAGCAUAGUUGCCACGGGCCGGACCGGGCCGGGCCGAAAUUUCCAAAACUCCGGCCCGGUUCAAAAAGCGGGAAUUCAAAAUUUGAAUUAUUGAUCGCAUGAAGCCAUUUUUUGUAGAAUAAGGGGUUUUUUGCAAGCAUCGAACAUUGAAAAACAAAUGUAUUUCUCAUAAAAAAUUCAUAAUAGCAAAAAAACAAAGAAGAAACACUACAACUUUAGUUCGAAAAUUUUUUUUGUAAUAACGAAAACAAAAAAUUUCCGCUAAAAUUUGAAUUCCCGCCCAGCACUUUACCGGCCCGCAUGGCCGGCCCGAAAUCUGGCAAGUCUGAUUUUAAGGUCAUCAUACCUAUUUUGAGCCUGGAAAAAGCCACUGGCAGGUUACAUUUUGGCGUUUUUUUUUUUGGGAAUCUUGUGUACUUUCCCGAACCCACGUCAUCAGCAAUCACUGAGUCACUAAGUCACGCCGGAAAGCACGCGAAAAGCCGUGGGAAAUCGGAAAAUCCUUCGAAAGAGAAAAAAAAACGAAAAAUCUUUUUAUCUUUUUAUCUCUUCAAGGUCUCACUCAAACACGCACACGCACAUAUCUCUCUUCUUCUUUUUUUUUUGCGCGCGCAUUUUCACAUAUUAAACUUCCUGUGCUCACUGACGGCGAGAGCAUCAAAAAUAUGACGUUUUUUUGGCAGCCUAAAAAUUCGAGUGUUCAGUACUCUCUUUCACAAACCAAAUUUGCUUGAAUAGCAGCCGUCUAGGUAUCAAUGAAAAAAAUAUCGAGAUAAUCCGCUCAAAGAAAAAUUUCUCUCGCCUUUUCUCCGCACGAAAACACACACAUAUCUAUGUUUUCCCCCAAAUUUGCCUUUCCGUUUUUGCGUCAUCAUUUUUAAGCGCUUUUAUUUUUGUGCAAUUUGUCGUAAAAUCAAGUGCAUUGUCUGUGGUUUGUCGUCAAACCGAGUGUACGGUCGGUUCUCGCCCGGAAAACGCGGGUUUUCAGUGCAUUUCUGCUCAAAAAGUCGAUAACUUUUGCAUUUUGUCGUAGAAUAUAGAGUCUCCGGUGUUCGCGAUGAAAAAUAGGCGAUGACGUCGGCGGAGGAGUGACGAAAAAGUGAAAUUUAUAGCCGCUCGUCAGCCGAGAGCCCACUUUGCCCCCCUCCCAUUUUUCGCCUCACUUUUCACUUUUUCGUUCGCUUUUGCUUUUUCGCCGACGUGCCACGUUUCUCGAAUCUUUUGGGUUACUGUUGCGUCAUUGCGUCACACGACAAAAUGCAGAUAAAGUGGCUGACAGUUCACAGAAUUUGUCUUUUUUUUUUGUUGGUUUUUUGGGUCUCUUCACUUUAGACUGCCACGAUUGAAUUACUGUAGACACCUAUUAUAGGGGCACCGGACAGAAAUGGCGCUCUGUUGAGAAACUCGUUUUGCAGUGUAAAUUGAGCGACCUCGGGGCCGAGUUUGAAAAGUUAGGCCACGUUUUCAGUGGAAAAUUACUACGCGGCCUAGAAAUUCGGCCAGAUUGCGAACAGCGCGCCUUUUCUGUCCGUUGCCCCAAUAAUAAAAACGCAAUGCACACUUUUCUCCAUUCCGCUCCAAUUCUGCUCGUUUCUCCGCCAAAACGCUUCAAAUUUUCGUCCGUUUCCAGAUCUCAUUCCCGCCCACGCAUUCCGUACACAUGUGCUAGGCCACGCCAAUUUAUUGCCGCCAAAAAAACGAAACGAUUAAAAAAUGAUGCACUCAUCGAUAACGCGAACUAUUUAUCACAACAGCAAUGUCAAUUUAGGGCCGCCCUUAUUGAGUAUGUGGCCGGGCCGCCGAGGGGAAAAGAGUUCGGCCACGCUCGAAAAUCGCUUCAAUUUUUGCAGAUAACGAGUGCGCACAAUUGCAAUUCAAGCAGGAAGUCGUCGGUGUGACGCUCACCAAGUGAGUACGCAAAAUUGCCGACUAGGCAUCCGAUUCUACGACAAUUUGCAGAAAAAUUCGCUAGGCCUGUCAAAAAUCAGCUCUUUCGAGACGUUUGUCAGCUCAAAAGAUGAUGCGCAAUGGCGUCGCACAGAAGAAUUUUGAGUUAAACGCAUUUCCAUGACGACUUGAACACUUUGAGUCCAAAAAUUAUGACGCUAUUUCGAAUGACGCUUAUUUGACUUCUCACAUGUUCACAAUUUUGCGGCGCAUCUUUUGAGCGUUCAAACACCUUGAAAGUGCUGAGAAAUGAGUGAGAAGUUGUGAAAAAGUCAGUAAAAAACCGGUUUUGCCUAUGGAAACUCUCUUCGAUCCGCAUAAAAAUGAUGUUCUUUCACGUAUGCACAAUCCUGAAAAUCACGACAAAAAAGCGUGAGAUUUGCCGAGAAUUUCCAAUUUUUCAGUUCAAGGCAGUUCGACGGAUGCGUGCUAGCAUCGUGAUUUACAAAAAAAUCAAUAAAAAUCCAGGGCCGGGAAAUCUUCCGCCCAGGCUUUUCCGAAGACUUUCCCACUUGCAAUGAUCCGAUCGGACCCAAACUUUGCAGACUUCUUCGACUUGGAUUGAAGAAUGUUUGGUCUGAGUUUCAAGCCGAUCCGAUUAUCCGGUCCCGAGAGUAUACUCGUUUGAGGCCGACAAGGCCGCAAUUUUCGCCAGAACCCGGUUUUCUCGGCUUCCAAUCCACAUAUUUCGGGACCAGAUGAUCCGAUCGGUCUGAAACUUGGAGCCAACACACUUCGAUCCAAGUGCAAGAAGCCUGCAAAGUCUGGACCCGGUCGGAUCAUUGCAAGUCGGUCAAAAAGUGCAGGCCUUUUGCGCAGCCCUGAAAAAAUCGCAAAAUUUCAGAUUGGAAUUGACGCUCGUGCUCACCAUGUACAUUUCCGCCGUCGUCAUCCUCGUCGUCGUGUUCGAAGUGCUCAAACCGUCACUUUCGGCUCAUUUGUUGGGCUCCAAUUAG